AUGCCCGGACUCCUGCGACUCCUCGCAAAACCCAAUCGCCUCUUCUCUUCCUCUUCGCAUCUCCUCAAUAUCUCUCUCCGUUUUCACCGCCCCAUCACCACCACACCCGCCCAAUCUCCGCCUCCGCCGCCCAACCCUAGACCCAGAACCCGAACCCCUCUCGAGAAGCAAUUCGAGAGCUGGAUCGACAAGCUCAGGCCCGGCUUCGGCUCGCCCGAGGUCGCCGACGCCCUCCGCGCCCAGUCCGACCCCGACCUCGCCCUCGACAUCUUCCGCUGGGCCGCCCAGCAGCGGGGCUACAGGCACGACUCCGCCGCUUACCUCGUCAUAAUCAAGAUCCUCAUCUCCGGCCGCCGCUACCGCCAUGCCGAGACCCUAGUCGAGGAGGUCGUCGCCGGGGCCUGCGAGAUGAGCGUGCCUCUCUACAACUCGGUGAUUCGAUUCUGUUGCGGCCGUAAGUUCCUGUUCAAUCGCGCCUUUGACGUGUACAAGAAGAUGGUUCGGUCCGAGGACUGUAGGCCUACGCUCGAGACUUAUACUCUGUUGUUUAAUUCCCUGCUUAGGAGGUUCAAUAAGUUACAUGUGUGUUAUGUGUACCUGCACGCUGUCCGGUCGAUGGCUAAGCAGAUGAAGGCGUCAGGGGUCAUCCCGGACACUUUUGUGCUGAACAUGAUCAUUAAGGCGUACUCAAAGUGCCUCGAGGUCGAUGAGGCGAUCCGGACGUUUCGGGAGAUGGGGUUGUAUGGGUGUGAACCGAAUGCGUAUACGUAUAGCUACAUCGUGAAGGGUUUGUGCGAGAAGGGGAGGGUCGGACAGGGUUUAGGGUUUUAUAAGGAAAUGAGGAGUAAAGAGCUGGUGCCGAAGAGCAGUGCUUAUAUGAUUCUGAUUUGUAGUCUUUCAUUGGAGCGGAGAUUUGAGGACGCAAAGGAGGUGGUGUUUGACAUGCUGCGCGAGGCAAUGGCUCCAGACCUUUUGACUUAUAAGACAUUCUUGGAAGGAUUGUGCAGGGAAGGGAAGGGCAGUGAAGCCUUCGAUUUGCUUGAGGAAUUUAGGAAGAGGGACACAAUGAUGGGCCAGAAGAAUUACAAGAUUCUGUUGAAUGGAAUAAAUUUCCUUACUCGAGAGUAGCAUUCUAUGUUCAUGAUUGCUUGCUCUGGAUUUCACUGGCAUAGAGAGGAAAUGCUGAUGUGGUUGAGACCUACAAAGAGAGCAAAGUAUAUGCAAAUGGCUGAAUCACAUGUGGCGAGUCUGAUGCUCUUAAAUGGUAUCGAGACCAUUUCUGAUGCUGUGCCCAUAAUGCCGGCGGAGAAGCAUCCAUCCUGUGACACGAUCGGUGUCUAUCCUGUUUCAGCAUUCAUGAUUUGCAACAUGGCACUUGUUGAGCCAAUCGUCCAAUGUUGUGCCUGUGCAAUUUGCAUUUUCGCACAUCUCCUGAUUAAUCUACCUCAGAAACAGAUGAUCUGAUCGAGUUAGAUUUGCUCUUAAACAGAGAUGAAUUCCUGCAACCCCCAUGAGGACGAGGCGAGCUUGUUAGGCAUGCAAGAGUUUCAAAGGAACUGCUAUGUUAUCAAACUGUGUCAUUGGAUUGAUGCUGGCGAUGAGGAUGUUGUUUCGCUGCCAACAUCAGUGUUUUCACUCUACUCGUCAUCCUCUUUUUGCCACUGGGAAGAAGAUUGGACAAAAGAGAGAUCUUCUCAAAGUUCUGUUGCAAUUGUCUCUCUUGCCUAUCCGAGUUCCUUUGGAUUUGCAAAUUCAUGGGCAUCUGGCAUCGUGCCUCCAGAUUUCGAGGAGGGUGUGCUCAAGAAGAAAGAUUAGGCGAUUGUUUUUCACCUUAAUUAUACCUUGGGACUGUGCCAGUAAUCAGUCUUGCUGCUUACUGAUGAUGCAUUCAGUGAGAGUAUUCUUGUUUACUGUGUUGGUUGAUAGUUGAUAGAGGUAAUGAUAGAAACUGACGGCUAAUCUGUACACGGAAUUUCAAACGGAAUGAUCUCAUGAUUUCUUGUUUGAAGUAA